GUAAAAAUGUGAGUUUAAUUUUUAGUGAUGGUGACGAGAUGAAAUUUAAAGAAAAAUUAAAUUCAAAGUAAAUAAUCAAAUGAUAUAAUUAUAAAAAAUAUGAUAUUAAAGGUUUAACGGGCUUAUAGAUUUAAUUGCAAAUCCAUAUGUCGACCGUCCGUCGAACUAAAGCAAGGAAAAAUAUUAAAUCCUGCAAAUCAAAAACUAUUAAAUUUUAAUUACUAUCCAAUCAAUAAAAAAUAAUUGAUAUUUGAAAAGAGAAAAAUUUGAUUGACUUUUUUAAAUUCUAUUUUUAAACUGGGUCAUCAACAUUUAUUUCUCUUUCAAAUCAUAACUCACACAUGGCACAACAUAAUUCAUCACAAUCUUUGCAUCAAUCGCAAAGUCAGCAACAGCAACCGGCACAGCAACAACAACAACAGCAGCAACAGCAACAAAAUGGUUUGACACAGGCACCGCCUCAAGUUGUUGCUGCUUCGCAACAAAAUAAUAAUUUAGCAGCAAAUUACCCUCAUCAUUAUCAAAUACCUGGAGGUGUUUAUGUGCCAAGCGCAACUCCUCAUGGAGGUGCCAUCUAUUCUGUUAUGCCAACUGCAUUACCAGGUAAUGUGUUUGUUAAUAAUGUUACCGCAAAUGUUAAUUUACAUGGUGCUUGGGCAACACAUCCAGCUUAUAUUCCAGCCGGUCAAACAUUUAUACCAGCAUCGAACGAUAUUCAACAAAAUGUUGCUUCAAUAGAGCCAGCCUUGCAACCUAUAGUAAGUCAACAAAACAAUAAUACUAUAGCUAGAAACGGAAACCGCAGAAAUCGCAAUAAUUCUAAUCCUAGAAACAACAGUGUUAAUCGCCGCAAUGAUUACAAUCAAAGACCACAUCUCAACAGUCCAGUCCCUCAGGAUAUUGCUAAUGCAAAUGGAAUCGACCCUAGUAAUCAAACUUUAAAUCAGAGUUAUCAUCAUCCUUAUGGGUAUCCUCAAUUUGCUUGCCAUCAGCCCCAAUUUUUCAAUCAUGUACCGCCUCAACAAGUUUCUCAUAGUCAAGCGCAACAAGCCACUGGAGCUCCACUGUAUUUAACAUCCAUGUAUGCACCGGGACCGCAUUUUUUUAACUACCCUGUUAUAAUAAGUCCAGCGGCUCCAGCACAUAUGUUAUCCCAAAGUGCACCCCAGUCCCAAGAAUAUCAAUUAGGCGAAGAAAGAAAUCCAGAAGGUGUCGUGGAUCAGCAUGGUCAACCAAUUCAUAUUAAUGUUGCUAGUGGAAACAUGAUACAACCACAAUUAUGGAAUCCACAUGAAAUUCCUAUAGAAUAUCAAGAAGAAUAUCAUGUUAUUGGAAAUAUUCCUAACAAUGAAGGAAAUGAGGAUAUUAAUCAUAAUCCAGCGGUGUCUAUUACAGACUCAGAUACUCCGAGCAUGAUCAGUCCCAGUAGUUAUUCGAUACACUAUGAUCCAAAUUUACAACUAAUAGAAGCUCAACAGCAUAUGAGUUCUCUGCAAAUAUAUGAUCAACAUGCACCUGUAAAUGAGGAUGAAAUCCAUCAACAACAGCAAAUAAUACAAGAUCAACAAAAUGAACAAAAUUAUCCAAGAAUGCAUGAACAAGUGGUAAUGAUUUCCCAAGAAGUUAGUGUGUAUGAACAAGAACCAGUAUGCGAUCAAGCUGAUAUAAUUCAAGGAUUAAAUUCUCCCUUGCAACAGCAUAUUGAACAGCAAAAUGUUUAUCAUCAACAAUAUCAACAACAUAAUCUAGAACAAGGAGAGGAAUACCCUCAACAACAACCUCAGUAUAGAAAUGCUUCUUCAGAAGACCGAGAAUACAAAGAUCGUGAUGAAAAUCAUGACUUCAAUCAGAAUGUGCCAAAUAUACAAAAUGAAAAUGGAAUGCACCAAGAUAACGUGUUAUGUGCUCAAGACAUAGGCUUAAAUACAAAUAGUAAUGAAAAUAUAUCUGUUGCUACAAAUUGUGAGGGACAACUUUCGGUGACAAUGAGUGAAAUGAUAUCUGAAGAAAAUAUACAACAAUUUGAACCUGCAAAAGAAUUCCAUAAGUCUCUGGAAGCACUGAAAGUUGAGGAAAAAGUUAUCAAAGCUACAUCAACUAACGUUCAGAUACAACCGCAACAACCUCAAACUCAAAUCACAACUCAAGCAGUUCUUUUACCAUAUCAGCCUUUUCUUCCAAAUCAGUCAGCUCCACAAUCAACGGAAAUUCAAACAAAUCAAAUUUUAUUACCCCAAGUAAAAGCUGCUCCAUUUAUUCCUCCUCAAAUAACGAAGAAAACAACGGCAUCAGUCGCUGUAACUGCUACUCCAACACAACAACAUAUAACGACGCAUGUGGGAUUAUCUAACAAUCAUAUAACAACGAUAAAACCUGAGUUUGAUGCGAAUAUUUCUCCACCAACAUCAGUUAAUUUACAAUCUAAAAUAAAUAUUUCAAGUACGCAAAAUGGUGUUCAACCUCAUCGCGAUCGAAGAACUCAAUCAGGUGCACAAGUUGAACAAAAAUCCAUUGCUAGUACUGCAGUUCCACAUCAAAUUCAAGAAAAUAAUUAUUUGCAAUCAAACAAUAUUAUUCAAGUUGAAGUGAAAAAAAGUGAGUUACCAAUUAUUGAUCAAAACAUAAAAAAAACAGAAAAAAAAGAAGAAGUGGCAGCUUCAAAUAUGGUUGUGUCAAAUAAAGAAAUAGACACAAAGUCACCAAAUUCGACUGUACAACAGCCACAAUCUGGUCCAAAGUCGUGGGCUAGUUUGUUUAACAAUACUGUUCCUAUUGCAAACAAUCAUUCUUUAGUUAACACGACAUCUAAUAAUAAUAGUGCCAGCAAGAAACCGGUCGCUAAAGUGUUACCUUUUGAAGGUACUGCAAACGUAAAAACUAGUAUUAAUCCAGGUGUUUUAUCAUAUUCAGCGGCAUCGGCUCAAGGUGCUUCUUCAUCCAACAAUAAACCCUCGGUAUCAACACCUUUGGUAUCAUCGUCUCCAAACAUUAUAAAUAGCCAAACAAACGGGGUAAAAUCUGGUAAAUCAUUUUCAAAUCAACAAAAUAUAUCUGGCGAUAAUUCAGAUGAAUGGACAAUAAAAUAUGCUGAUUUCUUAAAAAAAUAUAAAACUGAUUUUUCACCAGUUAGUUUAAAACCACGUGGAUUAAAAAAUCCAAAUAAUUAUUGCUUCAUAAACGCUGUUUUACAAGCAUUAAUUGGUUGUUCUCCACUCUAUAAUCUAUUGAAAUCAGCUCCGAAACAAUCAGCCGCGUUGCAUUUAGACAAAUCGAAAAUACCCACGAUAAAUGCUAUGUCACAACUUAUUUCCGAAUUCAAUACUUUACCAUUUGGCGUUAGACUGAUAAAUCGUCGUGAUAGAACUCAGAAACAAAAUCAAAAGCAAAUAAAUAGUGAUGAGCUAGUUGGCGAACUCCAGACUGAUUCAGCUUUUGAGGCAUCGCCCAUAUAUAAAUUAUGGAAUUCAAGUAGGCCAGAUAUUGACGAAGGAAGACAAGGUGAUGCUGAGGAAUUUUUAAGCUAUGUUUUAAAUAAGUUAAAUGAUGAAAUGUUAGAGAUAAUUAAAUUGAUGGCAAAACCUGUUGCUCAAGUUCCUGUUCAACAAAAUGGAAACGCAUUUGGUGAAACUGAUGAAGGAGGGGAUGAUGACUGGCAAAUGAUAUACAAUAACAAAAAUAAAGGAAGUGUAACACGACAAACAGAUUUUGGUAAAACUCCAAUAAGUGAUAUAUUUCGUGGUGAGUUAAGAUCACGUUUACAACGUGAAGGAGAACAUUCAACUGAUGUUAUUCAACCAUUCUUUACCUUGCAACUUAACAUAGAAAAAGCCGUAUCUGUUAGAGAGGCAUUAGAAAUUUUAGUUGGUCGUGAUCAGCUUGAAGGUGUUACAUGUAGUAAAACAAAUCAAGAAGUUGUAGCAUGGCAGCAAAUGAAUUUGGAAAAAUUACCUCUAAUAUUAAUUGUACAUUUGAAAUUUUUCGAUUAUAAGUCUGACGGUUGCACAAAAAUAGUCAAGCAAUUUGAAUUUCCUUUAGAAUUGAAAAUUGAUACAAAAAUAUUGGCUUCAAAGAAAUAUUCAGCAAAACAAAAAUUGUAUCGUUUAUUUGCUGUUGUCUAUCAUGAUGGAAAGGAAGCUAUCAAAGGUCAUUAUAUUAGUGAUGUUUAUCAUAGUGGUUAUUCAAAUUGGUUACGCUAUGAUGAUGCAAAUGUUAAACCAAUCGGUGAAAAUAGUGUCUUACGUCCACGUGGUCUUCGUGUACCAUAUUUGUUAUUUUAUAGAAGAUGUGAUACAAUACCAGCAACUUCUACAACAUCAACACCUCAGCAACAGCAUCAGCAACCACAACAGCAACAUCAACAUGGAUCAACACAUUCAAAAUAAAAAUUAAAAUCAAAAUUAAAAGAACAUACAUAUUAAAAAAAAAAUAACAUAAAAUAUCUGUAUAAUUUAAAGUAUUUUUUUUUAUAUGGAUAUAUGCAAUUAAUUAUAUAUAUAUACGUAUAAAAUAUAAAUAUUAUAUAGUUUUUAAGAAAAAUUUAUUAACGUUAUAUAUUCAUAAUAACAUAAAAUAAUACAAAUUAAGUUAAUAAUACAAAAACAAAAAUUGAAAAAGAAAUUAUAGAAAGAAAUUAUAUAUAAUAUCGUUUUCAAAUAUUAUAUAAAUGAAUA